UGGUACCGAUUUAAACGGGCUCAAAUGAGGGCUUAGGGCAAGUAACCGAGCAAAACCGUGAGGCUUCUUCCCCCUCGCCGUUUUCCGCCUCUUCCUACGCGAAGACAGCGGACGUUGGGCGGCGGACGGCCGGCGAGAGGCUGGUGGUGGACGGCCGAGGUACCCCGCUCGCUCUCUCCCUCUCUCCUUUUGCUCUCCAAAGAGGUUUCCUUGAGUUUAGAGUAGCUAAAGGAGUAUAAUAAGAUGCCACGAACUAGUACACUGGAGUGCCCUGGAUGCCCUCCUCUGAGAGUCCUUACGACUGAUGUUCUUGGCCUCGUCAAAGUACUUGAAGCUCGCGGAAAAGUCGGAACUCCAAAGGUGGUCGAAACAUGGGGUCCACCAGAUGCUUCACGGGGUGUGCUUGCAGCUUCCUAUGCUGACCGCAACAUUGACCCGCUUUUGGCCAUAGCACGGAAGGAUGGUUUGGUGGAGUUUCUGAAUCCGUUAAAUGGGGAUGCUUUGGCCGCCACCAAAGUUGACGAGUCUGACUCUUUAAAUGGUGCUCUUAAGGAUGAUCAUAUUGUUGGAUUGCAUCUUUUUAGGACAAAGAAAAUUGAGUUAUCUUCUAGGUUAGCUGCAUUCCUUACAUGUACAGAAAAAGGAAAAGCAUGCUUGUCGUAUGUUGCAUUGAGAGAUGCACCAGCAGACUUGCAUACAGACUCUCCCAGCUCAUGGAAUAUAUGCACUUCUGGCAAAGUGACAUGCUCUUCAGUUGACAACACUGAGAACUAUGCUUUAUUUGGUGGGAAGGGCAUCGAAGUAAAUUUGUGGGAUCUUACCAACUGUAGUAAGAUCUGGACUGCAAAAUCUCCUCCAGCUAACAGCCUUGGUAUAUUUACUCCGACCUGGUUUACUGCUGCAACAUUUUUAAGCAAAGAAGAUCAUCGUAAAAUUGUAGCUGGCACGGCCAGUCAUCAGGUUCGCCUUUAUGAUAUCUCAGCCCAAAGAAGACCUGUCAUAUCUGUCAGUUUUCGAGAAUCCCCAAUUAAGGCUGUCACUGAAGAUCUAGAUGGUUAUACCAUCUAUAUAGGGACUGGUUCUGGGGACCUUGCUUCCUUUGACAUGAGAACAGGGAAAUUGCUGGGUUGCUAUGUGGGUAAGUGUUGUGGAAGCAUUAGAUCCAUAGCCAGGCAUCAAGAGUUACCGGUGAUAGCAUCAUGUGGACUAGACAGCUAUGUGCGUUUCUGGGAUGCAAAGACAAGACAACUUCUUUCUGCGGUUUUCCUCAAGCAACACCUCACAAAUGUAGUAAUUGAUUCACAUUUCUCUGGAGAAGAAUCUGAAGGCAACCAUGUUAGUCAGCCAAGUGAUUUGGAACUAGUGAGUCAGACUGAAGUUCAAGAUGACGAGGAGUUGCAAAUUUCCAAGGGAAGUAAAACAUCGAAGAAACAGGAAAAAAGCAAGACCAAGGCGAAUAAAAACAGAAAUAAGGUCCAAGAUGAUGAUCCUACGAGUGUGCUUGUCUCUCUUAGCAAUGUUGAACCUGAGGCCAGUGGUGAACUGCCAGCUUCCAAACGAAGAAAAUCAUCAGAAGAGGAAAGCAGGAGGCUCAAGAAGAAAAAGAGCAAGAAGAGCCUCUGAUGAUGACUGGGGCAUGAUGAAAAUGUUCAGUUCAGUCUUUCAGACACAAUCUGGAGUCCACUAUUAAGUAUAAUUGGAGUUUUAGACAGCGGGCAUCCAGAGCAUAUACACAAAUAUGAGCUUGUCAGUCUCAUAGCUCCUACUACAUGCAAAAAGUUGAUGCGUUUUUGGUUAAAAAGUGAAACUUUUUUAGCAUCUUAUUUCUUCUGGGAUUAUGAAAUUGGCUACAGAAUGAGAAGUCUUCAUACUGUUUCCAAAAUUUCUUGGAAAUUUCUAGAUUAUUUGACAGAAAAAUAGAGUUAUCUGAAAGUGUCAUUAUUAUUAAAAGCAGUUUCAUAAACCACGUACUUCUAGACUAUUACUAACCGAUAUAUAUUGAUUCAUUAGAUGUCUGUAAUACAUGUUGGCUUUCAACCAACCUAAUUUAGUGCAAAUGUGGCACUAGUAUUCUUACUGAA